AAAGGGGCGGAGUCACACACACGCGCACGUGGUAGAGAUGGAGGAGGAGAAGAGGAUAGGCCUCCUGGUAGCGGACUCUGUAGCCUUCAUUAAGAGAGCUCCGUUGGAGAAGUGGAGCAGUAAAGUAGUGACAGUCAGAGACGUCGUGUCCGAGAUCCGAGACAAGGCCUCUCGCGAGAGGCUCCAAGUCUUGCCCUUCGACCUGUCUUUCAGAGAACCUUCCGCUGACGCCCUCCAACACGUCACCAGGUUCGCCAAGAAAACGGGAGAUUACGGAGCGCUCUCACCCGUGGACCUGAAGCUAAUUUCCCUCACCUACCAGCUUCACUGCGAGCAGGAUCCUCUGUCUGUGCCAAAGCUCAGACAAGAACCACUGAAACAACAAGUGGCGGAGAGGGGUGAAGCAUCGCUCAAUAUUGCAGGGUUUUACUCCCCACGGAAGAAGAGUGUGAGGAGAACCGAGUCGAGUGGGAAGGCAAAUGGUGUCGGUGGAAAUGACGAGACUGAUAAUGAUAGGGGCAAUUGUGAGGAGGAGGAACAUGUAGAGUUAGUUGAGCAGGUGGAAAACCUGGAACUAGAGAACACCUCAGAGCAAGAAGAUGGAAGAGAGGAAGAUGAUGACGAUGAAGAAGGUUGGAUCACUCCCGAGAACUUGCAGCAAGUGUGCGAAGAGAUGGGCGCUGUACUGGACGAUCUUCCUCAGUCUCUCAGUGUCGGCUGUAUCACAACUGACUUUGCUAUGCAGAACGUGCUGCUUCAGAUGGGGCUGAACCUGAUCUCACUAGAUGGGAAAAGGAUAAGGCAGCUCAGAACCUAUGCCAAGAAAUGCAAAGGCUGCUUCAAGACCACUCUGGACACUGGUCGAGUGUGGUGUCCGUGGUGUGGAAAUCGCAGUCUCUACCGAGUGUCAGUGAUCGUGGACAGCAGUGGGAGAAUGCAGUACAAACCACUCGGCAGAAAACAGUUCAGUCACAGAGGACUUCGGUACCCGCUGUCCGCACCAAAGAGUGGCCGUCAUGCCCAGAACCCUGUUCUAUCUCCGGACCAGCAGGUCACGUACCGAGAGAGAAGACAACGAGAGAACAAAGUCGACCCCUUAUCACAGGAUUACGUAACCCUCCCCUCCCCGUUUGUUGUCCAUGACGUGACGAGCCGGGGGGCCCGACUGGCCAUGGGGACAGGGGGGCGUGGCAGCAGGGGUGGAGAAAAUCGACGACGUAAUCCCAAUGCCGUACAACCAAAGGGACGAAGAAAGAAAUAA